AUGGCUUCCUCAUCGUCCAAUGUAGUGGGUGUCCACUACAGAGUAGGAAAGAAAAUUGGCGAGGGUUCUUUUGGUGUGAUUUUCGAGGGGACAAAUCUGUUGAACAACCAGCAAGUUGCUAUUAAAUUUGAACCUCGGAAAAGUGAUGCUCCCCAGUUACGAGAUGAAUAUCGGACUUACAAGAUCUUGGUUGGAUGCCCUGGCAUCCCCAAUGUCUACUACUUUGGCCAGGAGGGUCUGCAUAAUAUCCUCGUGAUCGACUUGCUCGGUCCUAGUCUCGAGGACCUCUUCGACCACUGCAAUCGACGAUUCUCCGUCAAGACCGUGGUUAUGGUUGCCAAACAAAUGCUCUCCCGCGUUCAAACUAUCCACGAAAAGAACCUGAUCUACCGUGAUAUCAAACCAGACAACUUCCUCAUCGGUCGCCCGAACUCGAAGGCCGCCAAUGUAAUUCACGUCGUUGACUUUGGAAUGGCCAAGCAAUAUCGGGAUCCUAAAACGAAGCAACAUAUCCCAUACCGUGAGCGGAAGUCGCUGUCCGGUACAGCGCGCUACAUGAGUAUCAACACCCAUCUGGGACGCGAGCAGUCACGACGAGACGACCUUGAGGCCUUGGGCCAUGUGUUUAUGUACUUCCUCCGAGGUGGCCUGCCGUGGCAGGGGCUGAAGGCUGCCACCAACAAGCAAAAGUAUGAAAAGAUCGGGGAGAAGAAGCAGACUACCGCGAUCAAGGAGCUCUGCGAAGGAUUUCCAGAAGAAUUCAACAAAUACCUGAGUUAUGUGCGCAACCUUGGUUUCGAAGAUACACCCGACUACGACUACCUGCGGGAUCUGCUCACCCAAGCUCUCAAGAACGCUGGGGAAGUCGAAGACGGCGAGUACGACUGGAUGAAACUGAACAACGGUAGAGGAUGGGAGUACAAGUCAUAUUCGUCUCAGCAGGCCCUCCACAACUCAGCCCUUCCUACCUCUGCCAGGGACCUCCAUGGUCAGCAAAUCCGCAACAGCCAAAGGCCCGGCGUGACCGCAGACCGUUUAAACGCCGCGCAGCCCCCGCCCCCCUCUCCAGCGAAACCCGGAGUCGGGAAGACGCGCGAGCAGCAAAACGUCCGAGGCGGCAUCCCGCCGAAACGCCAGAGCGGGGGGUUCGACGCGACACCAGCAGCGUCGACAGUGGCGCAGUUCCAAAACUCAAACGCAAAUAUCUCGGGUCGAGUCGGCAGCCCAGCGAACCCGUCGAAAACUCAGCCAGCCCAGGGAGCCCAGCAGGCGAGCAAUGAGCCGCAGCCCACCUUUGUUCAAAAGGUGAUGAAAGCAUUAUGCUGCGGUAGGUGA